UUUAAAUUCAGAAAUGCUAUAUAAAGUAUAGCGCGUUUAAGUGCGAAAGUUACAAAUAAAAGUUCUUUUUCCUGACAAUUCCGAUAAUCUGAAAGGAGGAAGAGAUCUAGAAGAGGCAUCAGGGGCAUUUACAAAAUAAACCUGGGAUCAAUGCAGUUUCAAUGCCGUUAAUCCUGCUGUUUCACAUCAGUCGAUCGCAAGUAUAGAAAUCGCAAUCGUACCUAAGGAGCUAAUUAGUGGGAGAAGAGCAUCGAUCAUCCAUGGAGAUUCCAGAAUCUCGAAGAGCAUCCGAGGAUCCUCCAGGAUAGUUGGCAUCUUCGGCUCUAACAAUGAAAUAUCAUUAAGGUUCGCGAAAGGAACUGACUUGUGCGAAAAGAAGAGGUUGAAGUUCAAGUGUCAUCGAAGAGACUAGCUUGAGGAAGAAUCGGGGAAAUGCAGGUCGAGAGGAAACUGCGAGAGAAUCGAAGCGCCCUCGUCGUCGCGUUGAUUCGCAGGUGAUUCGCCGGUUCGAGAGAUGUCAUCCUGAGUUACCUGAGUUCGGGAAACGAAGAUGUGCUGCUCGGGUGGUCCAGGUGGUAUCGCGUUGACCAGAUGCGGCGUCGUGUGCGGCCUCGCCGCCCUCGCGGCUCUCAGCGUCGCUCUUCUGGGCCCGACCUGGCUUCACACCGAGGAGAAGCUCGCCCUGCCGAAUAUACCGAGAAACUACGCCAAUGUGAUCAGCGUGAGAUUCAAGCUCGGCCUCUUCAGAGUCUGCUCGAAGAUCGUGAAACCCACCAACUUUACGAUCCACAUCUCCACGCCGGCUUGUAGCUACGUGAGAUACAGCAGUUUGGAGGACGUGAGGCCGCAGGAGUUGGGCUUCCGCCAAUUAGAAUUCACGCCCACGGUCGUCUCAAAAAUACGGAUCUCCGCGCCGUUUCAAGUCGCCGCCGUGAUCUUGAUUCUCGCAGCAACAGUGUCAGCUCUGAUCGGCCAUUGUUAUUCCGAUCACAGGACUCUCGUAGCCUGCGGACUUUUUCUUUUAAGCGGGCUUUCCUUGGGCGGAGGACUGAUUGUUCUGGCAUCAGCCUUAUCGGAUGCGUCACUGGAACUGCCGGGAAAAUACAGCUUGCCGUCUACGUCCGGCAUGCAAAUGGACGAUAACGGUCUACCUCAGUACCACUACGGCUGGUGCCUUCAGCUCUCGGGAUUAGCGCUGAUGCUCGCGGAAGUGGCGGCCGUUUUAACCAUGUCCGGUUACAUGGCGCGCUUUUCCACGGUCGAGGAGAUGGUGAGAGUCAUGGUCCCGGGUGCUGAGAGGAAGUUGAGGGAGCAGAGAGGCCUCAGCUCGGAAUAUCUCGUGCGGGCGCAUCAAAAAUCGCCAGGACCGCCGCAGACACGACCCUUUGGUCAGCCAGCCAAAACGCCUCAAAAAAUAGCGGAAGAGGGAACGUCGUUGCUCUGCAAGUCGGCGCCCGAUAUCUGUGCAGGUUCGAAUCCGCAGGCCAUCAGCUACGUCGAUAAGGCAGACCUGUCCCACGUUUUGCCGGCCUAUCCAGAUAACAAGAGCAUCGAUCCGCGUUACACCUUCGACAAGACCGAGGGGAACGUCGUGGAUUCUCGACUGAGCGGCUUCACGGACAAGGAAGGCUUUAUCGACUCUCGGAUCCUGUCCGACUCCAGGCAGAACAUGAUCGCCUUCACGGAUAACAAGGAGUCGGGCCAGGAACAGCGAUACACUACCGACUUCUCCGCGAGAACCACCGAGACUCAGGAGAUCGUAGAUUCAAGACUGAGCGGUUUCGCCGACAAGGAGGGUCUUCUCGAUUCCAGACUGAGCGGCUACGUCGACAAGAACGAGUCCUUGCUGGACACCCCGUUCGGUUACGACACCAGAUACAAUAGUCUGGCUGGCCAGACCGUUCCGAUCACUCUGAAGAAUCAAAACACGUCCGUGUCGGCCAUUCAGUCGCAGUACAUAUAUCAAAAUUUCGGGACGAUACACUCGGGCAUUCUCAAGGUAUCGGAACCCGGUACCAGCUCCAGUUCCAAUUCCAGCCAGCGCAGCAUGACCCUGCAGAACCCGAAGCGCAAGUCGCAGAUCGCUCAAAACACCUUCAGCACGAUGGAAUGCGAGAGGAAGAAGCGAGCAUCCGGGUUGACCGGCAAGACGAGCUUUUACACCGGAAGUGCUGUAUGACCACCACCCCCGCCUCCGACCCCGAAAUAACUCCAAGAAGAGGAGACCCCACUGUAGCCGAAACUCGGCUCUGUUACUCGAGAUGGGUUGGAGGACGCACAGAUUGCGCGCACAAGGGAACUUGAAGAGGAAAGGGAGAUUUUCUACCAGCGGAACGUAGCUCUACCAAUCGCGCGCAAACAAUGUGUAUGAAACGAAAGAAACGUUCUUGUUUGCAGGCUUCAGCGAAGGAAGAGCGUAAACUUGAAAAGAAGCCAAAGAGAUGAUGUUUGGAGAUACAAUUGAUUUCAAGGGCAAAAUUUUUAAAUGCAAUUCGCGUGGAGUUUCAAACGUAACUUUCCGUCAAUAACAUUGUGUCAACAACGCACACCACGCGAGUCGAAUGGGAGGAGUAAAGAUACACGAAAUCGAAAUUGCUCUUAUCAUUUUAUAUAUUCAAGGAAUAAAAUAAUGUCUCCGUCACUCGCUGUUAAGACUUAACUUUAAUCGCGUCUCAGCUGCAUAACCAAUCGAACAAAGCUGUGUAAGGUGCUCUCUUAAAUGGAAUCAGUGUAUUCGUUGAUUAUGAAGUCGCAUUGCAUUAUCAUAAAUUAUUUUAGUUGUAGCGCUGCAAAAGGCGAAAUCUCAUUAAAAAUAUUAGUAGUAGAUAAUAUGUAACUGUUUCAUCGAUGAUACUUGAAAAUGCGUGUUAUAUUAUAAGAAAAAUA